UUACUGCUGCCUUUGGGCAAAGACAGGCCAGGAUUAUCUGGCUGUUCCUUUAAGGGAACGUGGAUGCUGAAAGAAAGCCAACUGGAGGCAAUUUCAAAGGAGGUGUCAGAGCAAGCUGAAGUACCAGAAAAACAGGAAAAGCGUAAAACUGAAACAGAAUCCAGUAGCUUCAAUACACACGGGGACGGCCAGAAGAAAGACUGGAAACCCUAAAAGGAGACUUUUCCCGUGGAAGUAAGAAAGGAAGAGCUCCAGCAGACAAGAGGCCAUGGGCUGCUGGAAGCAAGAGAACAGCAACACCUGGACUUUUCCCACCCUGAUUCUCUGCCUCUAUGGAUUCUUCUACAUGAUGAAACCAUCAGAACCUUUCCUAGCACCCUAUCUAACAGGACCAGAUAAAAACCUGACCGCAGAUCAGGUAUGGAAACUUCUCUACUGGUCUCUGUGGUGGGCUCUGGCUACAGCCGGCUUUUAUCAGGUCCUGAAUUAUAUCCAAGUGCUGUGGGACUUCCAAGCCCCCUCUCACAGCUCCGCAGUGUACAAUGGAGCUGUCGAAGCACUAGCAACUUUUUUAGGUUCAAUAACAUCCAUAGCAGUUGGAUACGUCAAAGUGAACUGGGAUCUCUCUGGAGAACUGGCCUUGGGAAUUUUCUCUGCAAUGGAUGCCGGUUCUCUGUUUCUCAUGUACUUCACUGGGAACAUCUGGGCAUGUUAUGCUGGUUACCUUGCAUUUAAGGCUUGCUAUAUGCUCCUUAUAACGAUAGCAACGUUUCAGAUUGCUGUCAACCUGAGCAUGGAGCGUUAUGCUUUGAUGUUUGGCUUCAACAACUUUGUCGCACUGGUGAUUCAGACAAUUUUAACUGUUGUUGUAGUAGAUUCAAGAGGUCUGGGACUGGAUAUCAGCACUCAGUUUCUCAUUUAUGGCAGCUACUUUGCAGUCAUAGCUGGAAUUUUCCUCAUCAGAAGCACAUACACCAUUAUCUCCAACAAACGCAGCAAUACCAGGGCGGCUGGUGAAAGCACUGGGCGUUAACAACAGAGACAAGAAUGGUUACAAGCAACAGUGCAGACGGCUCCAUCAUCUGAACAACAAAUUAGGAGACAUAUAAUGUUCCAUCAAGCAAAACUGGUGCAGGUAGAAGCAGGCUGUUAAUGAGCCUACAGCACAGAGCUUUGUCAGCAGCAAUGCAUUUUGCCUGUUUUCUUCAUCAGUAGUUUAACUCGAAGUUAGUGAUCGACACUCGAACUUCGAUUAAUGCUCCAUGAGCACAAGUACAGGCAGGUGCCUGAACUUCACAUCAGAAGAACUUACAGAACCUCUGAAAUUUCACUUCUACCAAGUAUUUCAAUUAAAGGCAAUUUAGGCCUUUGGACAUUCCUAGGGAAUAUAAA